AUGAACCCCACCAAUAGCGCCUCGUUGUCGUCGUCCAAGAGCAACUCGACAUUGCGCCCUCGGACGCGGAGACUGAUCUCGGUGGAAGACGACAUAUACUCAACAGAGCAUAGCGACGAUGCUGCAAGCAGAAGCGGGUCACGAAUCACCUCGAGGGACGGAUCGCCUGCGCGGAGGUCCAACCCUGGGGCCAGCACCAAGUCGCGCCUCAACGUGACUUCAGAGCCGUCCUCUUCGUUUACGACAUCUACGACCGUACAGAACCCGAAAGGGUCUCGAAACCCAAAUCCACUGUCUGGGCUAUUCGGCAACUCAUGGUCCACUCUACAAGGCAUAGCAGCGAACGUCAUUGGAAAUGAGGGCACCCAGGGAGAGUCGGGCAGCACACGCAGGCGGAAACCUACUCAUGGACGUCGCACCUCUGUCAGUGCACCGCCACCCAAACAAUGGGGUCCGGCAGGCGCACCCUCCCAAGUUGGCGCUGGUACCCACGAGGAAAGAGAGAACAUGGUCAGAGCGAUGAAGCGCAAGGACCUCCUCAACGCCACUGAGGGGCUUGUGCCAGACUCUGUUGGUCGUAUAAAGCGAAGAAACUCAGACGAGCGAUUGAGCGCAUCCGCACCUCCCGGGGAAAACGAGGACCGAGACGCCCUGGUGUACAUCCACAAAGUACGACCGCAGGAUACAAUGGCUGGACUCAGUAUCAAGUACAACUGCGAUCAAGCUGUGCUACGCAAAUCGAACCGCAUGUGGCCGAACGAUAGCGUGCAGACGAAGAAGAUCGUAGUGCUGCCAGUCGACGCUUGUGGUGUCAAGGGCCGCCCAGCACAGGGGCCUGAUGCUUUGCCUGAAGAGGAUCUUCUCCUUGGUGAGUAUGGUGAGGAUUCUAGCCGCAAAUCACCGCAGCCGGACACAAAUGGUCUCCCAAGCGGCUGGAGCACACCAAGAAAGAAAGACAUGGAAAGCAACUCUGUUGCUUCGUCCAACCCAGACGAACCACCUUGGAAGCACGACUCACGCAUCUACGCCCCGAGCAUCCGUCGAUCUGCCCCGCUCGUCCACAUCUACAAACCCCGUGACCAGCUCACCAUCCCGGCCAACACGAGCGCGUGCAUCGAGCACCCUCUCUUCCGUAUCUACACACAGUCGCCAAAGAAAUACAUCAGGGAAUGGCUGGGGGUUGCAUGGGCCGGGUGGUGUGGGCACACUAGGGAGGAAUCACAAGAUGGUCUGAAUAAGAAGUUUGCUCAGUACCUCCCGAGCAUGGCACCGCCACCCGGACAAGAGUAUUUCACGCCAUGGGCAGCAAGUCUACUAGACCAAGAAUCUGGCGUGUCGCAUCAGUAUGGCGGCUCAGGGGCGCCGACACCUGUCAACGGUGUAGAUUUACAAGAGAUAGGAGGCGCGAUAGAGGGCUGGAUGAGGAAAGUUGGGUCACAAGCUCAGAAGAUGCUCACCGAACCAGGCACGCCUGGUCAAGGCAAGAGGUCCGCCGUACCUGUUCUUGGAGCUGUUGGUGGCGACUUGGGAGAUCUCAUUGAGCUUCAGGAUGAUGCAUUUGAGAUUGGCGAUGACGAGAGGGACCGAGGCAGAGCACGGAACGACGAUCUCCUUGCUCUGACAGAACAGAGAUCGAACUCAAUCGGACAACAGUACCAGUCUUCCAGACCGGAUUUCAAUCUUGUCUUGACAGAUCGAAGGCGGAAAGGCGAUAGUAGCAAGAAGGAUUGA